AUGCAUAGAAUAUAUAGCCCCAUCAAAGACUUCCUGUUGGAGUAUGAAUUUCAAGAAAUUUGGAACUCUUUGGAGGAAGAUAUUGAAAGCAUUAUUUCCUCUCCUUUUGAAUUAACAGGUUAUUUGAAGUUUAUAGUUAAAGUUCGCCUUAAUGGAAAGCCCGUCGAUUCUUUAACGUGCUAUUCUUUGGGAAAUGAGAUCGCUAGUUUUCCUGUACGUUCUAUCUGUCUGAAUGACUUACUUAUAGUAGGUUUGGAAGAAGCUGGAAUUCUCCGUACUGCUGAAUUCUGA